CUGCUUCAGGGUGCGUGGUGAUAGGGUGCGCGACCAUGCGGAAAGUGGUUUUGAUCACCGGGGCGAGCAGUGGCGUUGGCCUAGCCCUCUGCAGGCGGUUGCUGGAGGAAGACCAUGAGCUUCACCUGUGCUUGGCGUGCAGGAACAUGAGCAAAGCGGAAGCCGUCCGCACUGCUCUGCUGGCCUCCCACCCCACCGCCGAGGUCUCCACCGUGCAGGUGGAUGUCAGCAGCCUGCUGUCAGUGUUCCAGGCCUCCAAGGAGCUCAAGCAAAGGUUUCAGAGAUUUGACUAUGUAUAUCUAAAUGCGGGGAUCAUGCCUAAUCCACAGCUAAAUAUCAAAGCACUUUUCUGUGGCCUCUUUUCAAGAAAAGCGAUUCAUAUAUUCUCCACAGCUGAAGGAGUGCUGACCCAGAGUGAAAAGAUUACUGCCGAUGGCCUCCAGGAGGUGUUUGAAACCAAUGUCUUUGGCCACUUUAUCCUGAUUCGGGAACUGGAAUCUCUCCUGUGUCAUAGUGACAGUCCAUCUCAGCUCAUCUGGACAUCAUCUCGUAAUGCAGUGAAAUCUAAUUUCAGCCUUGAGGACAUCCAGCACAGCAAAGGCCAAGAGCCCUACAGCUCUUCCAAAUAUGCUAUUGACCUUCUGAGUGUGGCUUUGAACAGGAACUUUAACCAGCGGGGUCUGUAUUCCAGUGUAGCAUGCCCAGGUACGGUGUUGACCAAUUUGACAUAUGGAAUUAUACCUCCCUUUGUGUGGACAUUGAUCAUGCCAAUCAUAUGGCUGUUACGCUUUUUUGCAAAUGCUUUCACAUUGACACCAUACAAUGGAACAGAAGCACUGGUCUGGCUUUUCCACCAAAAGCCCGAGUCUCUCAAUCCUCUGGUGAAAUAUCUGAGUGCCACCACUGGCUUUGGAAGCAAUUACGUAACGUCCAAAAAGAUAGACCUAGAUGAAGACACUGCUGAAAAAUUUUACCAAAACUUACUGGAACUGGAAAAGGAUAUUAGGGUCACCAUACAAAACACCAAAAACCAGAGCUGAAAAUGGUGCUCAGAGAGCACCAUUUUCAAGCCUUCUGUGGAUUCUGGAGCACAUGGGUUUCUACUGAGUUGGAUGAUGUGCAUUUGUGGUAAAACUGUGAGCUCUGAUUGUCUCUUUGUUUCAGAAUUACCUCUAUGACUGUGCAUGUGUUUGUGCACAUGAGAAAAAGAUUGAUAAAAUAUCAUAUAUUCUCAAGAAUGGUGUUAUAUCAAAAUUGUGCUAGUCACAAUUUGUUUAUUCUGCGAACUGUAGCCCAAGCUACACUUCAUGGGAUGAGGUGUAGACUUGAAUAAUCAUGACACAGACACACACUGGUUCUCCUUUUCACCUGCCCCAGCAGGAGGAAAUACUGCCCAUUCUCUGAGUGACCAUCUUAGCCUUGUUCCUUUCGAGUAGUUUUCCUAGGUCUUGUACCUUAUUUCUUCUUCCACAUGCUGCUUUUACAAUCCUAAUACAGAUGCCCAUGUAAUUAAUCAUAGUAAGAAAAGUGUAUGUAUUUGGGCCACUUGAAUUAUUUGUUAUUUAAAAAAUGUCUUUUGAGAUUGAUUUAGUCCAUGUUAAUAGUGGGCCUGACCUUUAACACAAUUUGCAAAUUUGUUUAUUACUGACCCACUCGUUUUCAUGACAUUUUAGUGGAUGUAAUCUUGCAGCAAAAAUGAUUUAUUCAGAUUGUUUCAAUGAAAUUUUCCAAUUGAAUAAUUACUGGUGGAAUGUCUCCUGGUAUCAGUAGUGGUCGAAAGUGGUUAGGACUUAGUUUGCAUGAUAUGAAGACAAAAUGCUAAGAUGCCUAGAUGGUUCAACCAACACCUGUAAUAUAACAGAGUUACAGUUUGAAUGAGUUAAUGUGAAAAAUUAUAUGUAAAUAUAAUUUCUUUACAUUUUAAAGUAUGGAUUUUUGGUUAUACUUUAAAUUGUUGCUAAAGAUAUUUUUAAUAACAAUAAACAUGUGAAAAUGAGGGCUGAACACUCCACUGUCUUCAAGAAAGAAGGGUAAAGUUGGAGAGCUGAAAGCAGAGCUGGUUUUUGAUCUUCUGUUCACUCGCUGUUAAUUGGGAAGAAAGACUUUAUUAUGGAUCUCAAACUCUUCAUCUGUGAAGGAAUUAUCUUUCUGCUUCCUCUGUUCACGGGUAUGAAGUGAGUAUUAAAUGCAAUAAUAUAUGUGAAUGAAUAAAGAGCAUUUUUUGAGAA